UCGCGUAGCGCGUACCGAACGCUGCCGACGAAAUCCGAGCGGAUAAAAAACAAGUUCCAAAUUCAAAUGCUUGAAAAAAAGAAAAACGAUAGUGCCUAAUUUAUUUAUAUUUUUUUGUGAUUUUUGUUUUUUUUUAUUGUGUGUUCGGAUGCUAGCUCUCCCUGGGAAUUGCUAUAGCAACGAAUGACGUCAAGUUCAGGGUUGGUGCAUUUUCGUUCAAUACAAAGUUUCUGAGAUUUUCAUCCGACCAGUCUCCAAGGAUUUGGAUUUGAGUGGCCAGUCUCAGUGAUCGACUGACCCGAAUGUAGCGGUUUAUGGAGGAGUGCACUUACUUCGCGAAUCAUGAGUUUGAUGACGGUCAUCAAGUUCGGGUACACCCUAGUGGUGGUCACGCUCCUGUUGAUGAUAUGGGCCUCGCUAUCCAGAGCAUUAGAGCUCCACGUGGACACCGGUCACCCGCCGUGCCUGUUCCAAGCGUUGUGCACGUGCUCAAAGCCGGCCGGGGACCUGGGCAUAGUCACGUGCAAGAACGUGCCCAUCCUGCGCGUACCCGCCGCCGUCAAUAGCUCCAAGGUGUUCACGUUGCAGCUGACUGGGAACAGGAUUAGAGACCUGGACCCACACUUCUUCCAGACUACUGGACUGUAUAAACUGGCGAUAAACCAGAAUCCCCUGGAAACGAUCCAAGAGGAGGCGUUCUACGGACUGGACAACACUCUGUGGGAAUUGGAGCUCAAACAUGACGGGCUUACUGCCGUCCCGAGUCGAUCCCUGCGCUAUCUGCAGAAACUGAGGCUGCUAGAUCUUACUGGUAACGAAAUCACAGACAUAUCAGGCGACAACUGGCGAGGCCUAGAGAACACGCUCCAGACCCUGGUGCUGGCAGACAAUUCCAUCGCCAACCUGCCAGUGGACGCCUUCGCUGGACUCCCCAUGCUGGAGACCUUGGAUCUGCGGGGCAACCACCUGGCUAUCAUCGAGGCGGGCGUCUUUAGAGAUGGCAUGAGCAGGCUUAAUAAGCUGUUGCUCGGUGACAACCAACUGAGCUACAUCCCGUACGAGGAGUUGGCUCCUCUGCGGCAACUGAGGAUUCUGGACCUUUCCAACAACGUCAUCAAGCAGGUUCCACCGCUGCACGACAUUAACGGCGUCAGACUGUCUUUGGAUGUCUUAAAGUUGGACAACAAUGUCAUCAAAAUGCUGUAUCCCGGAUCAUUCAAGAACUUCUACGUUCUGAAUCAAACAUCACUUGAUGGAAAUCCCAUUUAUUCCCUUAGGGAAGACGCAUUCCGCAACGCGAAGAUCCGGACCCUAUCCCUCCGCGACUGCGGUAUCACGGAGCUGUCUCCAGCCGCCUUCGCUGGGCUGGAGAACAGUCUGGUGACCCUCGACCUGGCUGAGAAUAACCUCACCAUGAUCUCCAAGUUCAUGCUCAAUAAGCUGGACGCGCUACGGUUCUUGAACCUGAAAGAAAACAAGGUGGACACAAACUUGAUAGCUACAAACACACCCUCGGAGUUUUCGCAAGCUAACUUCAACAACUUUCAGUACAAGCUGUUCUACUUAGAUGUCAGUGGGGCAUCUUCUAUCCAGAUGAGCUUACAGGACGUGAGAAGGAUGAGAUCUCUACGGUACUUAGCUGUAGGCAAACUUAUCAGACGCAGUAUCCGAUCCGAAGACUUCUUAGAGUUUGGAGUGGAGUUGGAAGACCUCAAGAUCUACGGGAGCACGAUCGACAGAAUCGAAUCGAGCGCCUUCGAACACGUGCGGUCUAUCAAAACAUUGGACCUUUCUGAAAACGAAAUCGACUUUAUUGACCCCUUCGCUUUUGCUGAGUUGCACAGUUUGACUACGUUGAAAAUCGUCAACGGGUUAGCAGACAACGUGAAGAUCCUACCUUUUGAACCACUUAAAGCUCUAAUCGAGCUACAGUAUUUGGAUUUCAGUAAUAACAAACUGAAGAAUGUUCCCGACACGUCAUUCCAUUUCUUGUAUAAACUGAGAUCGUUAAACUUGCAAGACAAUUAUAUUGACCACUUCUCGAAAGGGACACUGCAGGGUGACAUUCACAAACAGCUGGAAUCCGUUUACUUAUCUCAUAAUCAAAUGAGACAAAUAGUACAGCACACUUUUGUCGAUCUUAGAGAACUCCAGGAGAUUUUCAUCGAAGACAACUUAAUUGAAAUAAUUCAAAGGAGAGCAUUUACUGGUUUAGAUAAUCUGAAAGUUAUAAAACUUAAAGGAAACAUUAUCAACGACAUCACUGACGAAGCGUUCCAGAAUUUACCUGCUCUUGCUGAAUUGGAUUUAUCCUUCAACAAACUGUUUAUAUUCAAGUUUUCGGUAUUUGACCAAGUGGGGUCCGCAACGGCGUUGAAAGUAAAUGCUUCAUACAAUGAAAUCAUUUCACUGGCGGAUUCUAAUGCGCCCAGUUUCUUCACGUCAAAUUUCUAUGCACCUCCUAAAGCACUUAAUCUGGGAACUGUGUCAGUAAAUAUCAGAGUAUUGGAUUUCUCUCACAAUAAUAUUACGUACAUUGCUCCGUAUUACUUCAGACAUGCGGACUUAACUCUCUCGGAACUUCGGCUUUCACACAACUGGAUUCGGAAUGUCACUCGUGACGUUUUUGGAUCUAUGGUCAUGCUGCAAUAUCUGGAUUUAUCUCAUAAUGAGAUAUAUGACCUGGAAUACGAUUGCUUCAAAAAAGCUAAAAACUUGCAGAUAUUGGAUUUAUCCCACAACCACCUGGUGGAAAUUCCAAUUGAGAUAUUCCACGACAUGCAGUAUCUGACGUCCGUUGACCUGUCUGACAAUCGCCUUAGAAAUCUACCUGACAAUUUGAUUAUUUCACCUGCUUUGGAAAGGUUUGACGUGUCCGAAAACCAGCUAUCAAGACUCCCGACAUCUGCUCUAUCGUCUUCAGCUGCGGCCAAUCUGGUCGAAUUCGACCUCAGCAGUAACGACAUCCCUUCGAUUGCGAUUGCUGACUUAGUUCAGAGAUUUAAGAACCCCGACCAAGUGGGCGAGUACUGGCCCGACGAACAGGACUACAGCGAUGAGUACAUGUACCACACGGCUAGACGAGACCAUCAGAGAGUGUACCACCAAAAAAAACAAUAUCCGCAGAAUAUUCUGUUUAAGUCUCUGGCCUGGCUCGACUUGUCGGAUAACCACUUGGUGCGUAUAGAAGGCGGUGCAUUCACAGCGUUGCCUAGGCUGCGAUGGCUGGACCUUAGCCAUAAUUCUCCAUUUAAUUCUGGAGACCGGGAGAACAACGCUUUCAAGGGACUGGAGAGAAAACUUUUACACUUGGGCUUAAGAAAUGUCAGCCUUUUGCAGGUACCAACGCUGCAGUUGCCAAAGCUAAAGAGUUUAGAUCUGGCAUAUAACAAUUUGCCAUCGAUUGCAACAGACGCUACAGCCAAACUGACUCAUCUAAGAAAGCUGGAUCUUUCAUACAACGAUCUUAGCACCGUGCCCGUGGCGACACACUCCUUGAACGAGCUGCGUUGGCUUUCUUUGUCAGGCAAUCCUAUAACAGCGUUGAUGAAUACUAGUCUUUACGGACUCUCACCGAGGAUGGAAUAUAUUGAUCUCACUCAUCUUCGAUUGAAAAUUCUUGAGCACGGUGUCUUUAACAAAAUGUACGGACUUCGAACACUAAAAAUUACUGUAUACGAUAACGUCAGAGACUUUAGUAUUCCUAAAAUGUUGACGCAUAACGCUGCCUUGGAAAAUCUUUUAUUGGAAGUCGAAAGUCCAGCUGUUGAACUUGGUAAAGAGUUGAGUGGCCAGCUGCCGUGUAAACUUAGCAAUAUUACGAUAACAGGAAGAGCAAUGAAGUACCUAUCACCAUAUCUGCUAAGCGGCGUACAUUCGAAAGUUCUGAAGCUUACGAUUUUCAAUACGAGCAUAGAAGAGAUACCACCUGAAGUGUUCUGGGGCCCCGGUCGCGUCAAGAACAUAACUCUUGAUCUGAGGUCGAAUUAUCUUAUGAGGGCGCCCAAUCCGGGGACAAGAGAAUGGCCAGGAGUUCCCAACAGCAUGUUCCUGCAAAAUAUUUUGAUAGCUGACAAUCCGAUUUAUUGUGAUUGUGCAAUUGGAUGGAUAGAAGCAUGGGACCGCAAGAGAAGACAGUAUCUUUGCGAAAGUCCCUCGAAGUGUGUGGCCACACGAGAUGACGUCAGACUUGCGAGGUGCUCGUACUAUGACAACAGAACGUUUAGUGAUGUGCUGAAUCGAGAUUUAGACUGCGGCUGGAGCAGUGGAAUUAGAAGCAUGCCCAAUUAUCUUAUCGUUGCCGGCAUGUUGCUCCUAACCUGCCUUUACGUAUGAAGUCUAUAUUGGCUCCUUGGGGUAUAUGAAGAAUUCCACCUCAUCCUGGCACGAAUAUAUGGAAUUUAAAAAGCAACGUGCCAUAAUCUUUGAGUAAUUAAUUGCUCAACUGAGAAAUAGACCUACCAGGACAUCAUGGUCCUAUACCGUUAUAUCCAGAAGAGUGAGAUGGUCAGUAGAUUUCGAAAUCAAUUUUCUAUCUGAGUGUACAUGUGUGAAUGGCCUACACCUACAACCCACUGAAUCUCCCUAGACGUGCUCCCAAAUAGCCAAAUCUAGAUCUUCUUAGUAAAAUUAAGUGAUAUAGACACUGAGGUUAAAAAUGUGAAGCUGAGUGAGAUACGCGAUUGAUUAUUUGUGAGUUUUGUAAUUGAUUGCAUUCAUACAACUUUAGUGUUGCCUGCUUUGCGUGAUUAAGGCCUUGGUGGUUCUGACCCGCAGCGUCCACCACCAGUCCCGAAUCGAAUAUUUUCAAACAUAAAUGUAGAUACGGGCCGCUGAACGACAUCCGCGGCGGGGCAGAAUGCCCAAGACCUGGUUGGCAACUGAUGUGAUCUCAAGGGAUUCAACGUAUCCAACUGAAAUGUGUUUCUCUUACAACUUGGUAUACAAAGUUGGAACUUAUUUUGAGUGUGCGUAGAAUUAAGUGUAUUAUUUAGAUAUCACUCAUUUCGUGCACUGCCUUACAAAAAACCUCUGUGAUUAUUGUCCGGAGAAAUGUCCAACACUAAGGUGCGCUUGUAAUAAUAUCGAAAAGAUUAAAACAUUUUAAUCGUUUAUGUGUGGAAGUGCACUUAAUGCGUUUAGGAGUUGCAUUUACGUCGGUUUAAGAUUUGUUCGCAGGAAAGCAAUGACUUAAUAUUUGAUGGUAUAAGUAGACUGCAUUCGCUGGAAUGAGAUGUGUUCGUCCAUUAAUAAGGUUUACAAUAUUAUUUUAGAUGUAUGGUUUGUGUAUUAGUAACCUUUAGGUAUAGGUUCUUUAAUAGGUACUUUCUAAUAGCCAAUUAGAUGACCACCUCCUGCAUUGAUUGUUUGUAGGAUAACUGAUAUAACUACAUACAUAUUGGAUUACCUGUGCUCUUAACAUUUGUACAAAAAUAAAUUUCAGAUAUUUUAUCUAUCUUAUUAGGGUGUCUGGUCAAGAUGACAAUCGCUUGCACUACGAUUGCAAAUCGCUGUAAAUACCGCUCUUCUACAUUAGUGUGACAUUGACAGUUGCGUUUCGAAGUGUAAACCAUCGACAUGUUGGCUAUGCACCCAGAGUCUAUUUCUCGUGAAGUUUAAAUUAUUAAGUCUGUAUUCAUUACAUUCACAUUUGAUAUUAGGUAGUAUUAGUAAAGCUUUUAGGCUCCCCAUCUUCUAUCUAUUGCCUACCUAUAAAUUUCAAAAUCAGUGGAAAUCAUUUUACUAGUAUUGGAUACAGGAUUAAUGCAAAUUUCCUCUUUAAUACUGUUUCUCAUAAUUGUUUAGCUGUGUUUAAAGUCUAUCAGGUUAACUGUUGAAACAUAUUUUAUUGCGUAUUGAAUGUGAGUAGCUCUAAUGGUAUCUACGAACAAUGUUCUCGUUGAGUCAAGAUACACGUAAGGUAGGAUAUGAAUGACUGAUUUGACUAUUAUAGAACGGCGGGCAGGUUCUGUAUUAAGUACGGCCUUUUUCACCUGGCAGGUAAGCAUGGUCGCGCGAUAAAAGAUAAAAACAUCAGGCCGUCCUGCACUAUUCGUAAGUGCGACAGGGACGGCCUGAUGUUUUAUCAUUUAUCGCGCGACCAUGCUUAUACGCCUGAUUAUCAAGGUUUGAUUAGUCCAUUAUUAGUUUUAUAUGUAAUAUAGGUAUUACAGUGAGUGAGUUAACAAAAGGGCCUUUGGUCUUUAAAGCUGUCGAACUACAACUAAAUAAGUAUAAUUAUAAAGGGGCUUCUAAACGGGCCAUAUUUUCACUGCAAUAUGUGGCCGCCAACUAUUGGUGUCUUUCUCUAAUAUGUGAGUAGAUAAACCAUCAAAAGCUACCAUCCACAUGCAGUGAAAAUAUCGCUAGUUUAGAAGCCACCUAUGGGCAUUUUCAGAAUUUGGGACACCCCAAUUAACGAAUGUUGUUAACAAAAAUUAACUCACUGUCAGUUUUGUGACGAUAAUUAAGCAUGAAAUUUCUAUAAAAAUAUUGUUUUUGU